AUGGAUACAAAGAUUCUCAAGUUUAUCCAAGGCAAGAAGGUAAUAGGCAUUGGGACUGGCACAACAAUAUCAAAGUAUAUAAAUAUACUGCCUAACACAGCAGUUUAUGUUCCUUCUAGUAUUUCCACGACAUUGCAGUUAAGCAAGAAUGGACUCACAAUUUCUACGGCAUUGGUGCAUGAGCAGAUUGAUCUGUACAUAGAUGGCACAGAUUACUUUGAUAGCAAUGCAAAUUUGAUAAAGGGACUUGGUGGCGCAUUAACUAAAGAAAAGAUCAUUUGCUCAGCAUCUAAACAAACGGUGAUAAUAGCCCAGUCGUAUAAAUAUAGACAGACAUUUGAUGGAUGUUUUGUUCCGAUUGAGGUUAUUCCGAUGUCUCUCCCGAGGAUUCUUUCUAUCAUUAGUAAAAGAGGAUUGGGAUAUAUUUUAAGAGAGGAUAGCCGAAAGAUAGGACCUGUCAUGACUGAACUUGGAAACUGUAUUGUUGAUGUUGAGUAUGAUAAGGAAUUUAUAGAUUCAUGUAAAAAUAUUUGUGGAGUGGUAGAGCAUGGAUUCUUUGAGUCCAAUGGAUUCAUAUUGAUGGUUGAGAAAGAUAAUUGCGAGUAA